CUGUCUGCCAUCCUCCCGUUGCUACAUCCGACACCAAGCAAGCAAGAAAUGAAACUUUAAGAGCCGAAGACUUGGGCCCAGGCAAGAGAGAUGUUGAGACUACAUCUAAAGGCUGGUGGAUCGGUGAGGGUUUGAUGGGACUGUACAAUAAUAAUAAUUUUAGUGGUUCAUCCUCUGGUAAGACUAAAGGUAGCAGUGAGAAGGAUAGUGUUAAACCACUUCUUUGCACCUAUUUGAUCCUGGAACCUUUUCAGCUGGUGACCACACCCAACUGCGAUUUGACCUUUGGUUACCUGUGCACUCUAGAUUUUGAGAUACAAACAAAUUUUUCUGGAAGUACUAGAGACCGGAGGAGUGCAGGGGAGGAUCAACAAAUAAGUGAUCUCUUAAAUGAAAUGGCUUCUGAAAUACUCAACAUAAAUAAUCUUCUUGGAACUGCUCAGAAAACACUGACCACACUGGAAAAUCAACCAGUACAGAUUUCACAUGAUGGAAAGAUCAAAUACUUCACAAGUCUCUAUCAAGGAAUAAAAGUUGGUUUAAGUAAUGGCGCGUUGGACCUCAUUGUCAACUGCACCGGUGGCAUGCUUCUGUACUCAUUGGAGCAAUGUGACCAGGGAGGCACUGCAGCUGAACAUUUUGAGGACCUGCUGUUGAUCGCUUCCAAGAUUUAUACGGAGAUAAAUAGUCUGAGGCUCAAUUUAGGCACUGAGCCACUUGUCAUGCAGCUUCCUACUGGCACCCUUUAUGCUAGCAAACAGCAGCCACAAGAGAUGGACAGAAAGGUCAUUGGGUCAAAGGAUAAAGGUCCUUAUUUCCAGUUUCCCUCUUUUUCCGCAAUGCGGUCACAGCUGUCAAGUGGCUCUGUCAAUGUUCAGAUGUUCGAUUUCAAUGUGAAUCCACUGAGUGAAGAAUCAAAUGAAAGCAUCUCUGGAAGCGUUUGCAGCUUGUCUUUGAAAAAUGAGACGUCUGAAAUCAAGCUUCAGAAUCUCACAGAGUUCAUUGAGAUAUUUCUGCCUCGUCCUGGAGCAGAGGAACCCACAGCUAUUGAAACGCCCUUGAUACAAGGCUUUGCUGUCAUCACGUCCUUCAAUAUUUCUGAUGUAAACUCGACUGUCAUCGUUUCUGCAAGGCCUGACCAGAACAUUUCCCUUCAAUUGCUUCUUUCUCAGUUUUACCAGUCAAACAACAGCAAUGUUCAGCAAAGAACCAUUCUCACUGGACAUGAGGAUUACCGCUGGCUGAUCACCCCAGAGAUGAUGAGAGGCAGUAACGGUACCUGGCAUGUGAAUGUAACACCGAUCAACUACACUUCAAGCCAAGUGCUCAUGCUCUCAGUUUCCAUUUUAAAUUUCAAAUGCGUGUAUUGGGACACACAUCAAAAAGAAUGGAGCAGAGCAGGUUGCUGGGUUGGUCCCAAAUCAGUCCCCAACAUGACCCACUGUUUGUGUAAUCAUAACACUUUCUAUGGGAGCUCAUUCUUUGUGAUGCCCAAUCACGUGGACCUGUCCCGAACAGCGGCCCUCUUCGCCACAGUGACAAAAAACUAUGUGGUUGUUGCUGUGCUCGGUGCUUUCUAUGUGCUAUAUCUGAUUAUUGUAAUGUGGGCGUGGUACACAGAUCGGAGAGCCCUCAGAACGCGGAAGAUGACCCUGCUGGAGGACAACCAUCCAUGUGCUCAUUACAACUACAUGCUAAACAUACAGACAGGCCAUCGCAACGGGGCAGGCACCUCAGCCAGGGUUAUGAUGACCCUAGAGGGCACCGAAGGAGAGAGUGAGCCCCAUCAUCUGUCUGACCCAGACAAGCCAGUGUUUGAGCGGGGAGGGGUGGACAUGUUCCUGCUCAGCGCACCAUUUUCUCUGGGAGAGCUGCAGAACAUUAAACUUUGGCACGAUAACUCUGGAGGCCACCCUGACUGGUAUUUGAACAGAGUAACAGUGCAGGACUUGCAGUCAAAGAAAGUCUGGCACUUCCUGUGUUCCACCUGGCUGAAACCCAAAGGUGAUGGCACUUGUAAAAUGACAUUCAACCCAGCAAAGAAGAAUGAGAUCGCCAGUUUUGGCAAUAUUUUCCAAGCUCGGACUUCAACUGGAUUCCGGGAUGAGCACAUUUGGAUGUCUAUAGUUGACCCCCCGCGGCACAGCCCCUUCACUCGUGUGCAAAGAGUGUCCUGCUGUAUGUCCCUGCUGCUGUGCACCAUGGCCAUCAACAUCAUGUUCUGGAAUAUUCCCACUAACGAGGAUUCUCCUGUCAUCUUCAAGAUAGGGUCUUUUUCCCUCACUUGGCAGCAGUUAAUGGUCGCGGUGGAGAGUGCCCUGCUCAUGUUCCCCAUCAACAUACUCAUCGUCACCAUAUUCCGCAACAUUAAGCCCCGUAUUCCUCAUCUUCAGGAGAGGCCCAAGACCAGCGACUGCAGCAAACCUCCUGCUGUUUCCAUGCAGACUAUUCUCAAGGACACACAAGACAUGAUGAUUCUUCUCAACAAAAGCCCCAAAUGUCAAGCGGUGGUAACGCAGCUGAAGCUAGAGUCAAGUGCAGAUCUGUUCUCAGCUCUAAAUCAAGUGCAUGAUGUCAUUCAGAUUAUGCAAGGGGAGAGUGACAGUGACCCACACUGGGUCCAGUGCAGCCGCUUCGUGUUUUACUCCAUGUGUCAUCUGUCUCUGUUGCUGGAGCACGCUGGAGAGAAAGCUUUUCCUAACCCUGAGGAGCUCCAGCAGGCCAUGAACACCGUGCAUCUGCUGCUAAAAAAGGCUGAGAUGGUGUUUACCAGCCAUACCAUGCAGAGCCCUAUGUCUGUGCCAGCAAUAAAGAAGAAAACAGGCUGCAAGCUGCCCUGGUGGUUCGUUUUCGUCGCAUGGUUUCUCCUUCUGGGCAUAAGUGGCGUCUCGACCUUCUUCACCCUACUCUAUGGCUUUCAGUAUGGAAAGGAGUCCUCCAUUAGAUGGGUGAUCACCCUCACGCUCUCUCUCUUCCAGAGUAUUUUCAUCGUCCAGCCCCUGAAGGUUGUAGGUCUGGCCAUCUUCUUUGCACUCAUCCUGAGGCCGGUGGAUGUGGAGGAGAGAGAGGAGGUGGAGCUGUUGCUGCAAGAACAACGAGAAAAGUGCCAGUUGUACUGUGGACGACAGAUGUACUGAUACAUGCUGAGUAAAGACCAGGACCAAGACAAGGGGGAAAAAAGUACCUUGUAGUUUCUAAGAUGUAGAUUUUAAUGUAGAUGAUAGUGUGGUUUGUAUCAUAAGCAUGUGUUUAUGUGUAUGUCUUCAUUUCCCUUUACAAUCUAAGCAUGCAUACAGUUUACUAGCAGCUUUUGCAAAGAGACAUACUGCAUUUACUAUAAUUACAUUUACGGAAUCUCUGUAACUGUACGAGGCUGACACAAACACAGCCAUAUGCAAAA